UGCACCUAGAAAGUGCAUAAUUUUUUGGUUCUUUAUUUCGCUUUGUUUAUACUCUCGGCUGUAGCGAGAACACUGUUUUCUCCGAAGAAAAAUUACAAAUUCAGCUGCUUAUCAUUAGAUUAAUCCGCAUGCACUUCAUAAAUGUCUGUAUUGGUUUCGUUGUGCCUGCUAAAAAUUGAAAUAGACGUCGACGGAGACAACACAAUGAGUGCCAUCGAUGACGGAAAUGAAGCAGCCGGAGCAGUUUCAAACGAGCAUCCGACGAAUCCUCGAGUGCAGCGGGAUAUGCGAGGUCAACGAAAACCGAAGAAAAUUACCAUCGAAAGCUACCGCAACCGACUCGAUUCGGAAGUGGGAAGUGAUGAGUUUCGUGGAGUUUUACCAAAAAGUUCGCGCGAGCAGACUCCCAUGGACGAGACCCCACCAGCACCGGUCCAGGAGUUUCCCGGGGAAAUCAAUUUUUUCUCCGGAAAUCCGUUUGUCGAGGUGACGAAAGGAGUUUUGCACCUGUACAAGCGAAACGAACGUGCCGACGCUACGGAAGGCCCUUCCAGAACGCUCUGCUUGAUCGCCGUUCCUUCUUCUUUGAACUGCCAUGACAUUCUUAAUUUUAUCGCCCCGUGUCAUUCGGUCAUCCAGCACGUACGAAUACUUCGGGACGGUUCCCCAAAUCAAUUUAUGGUGCUUCUAGAAUUUCGCUGCGUGGAAGCAGCCGUCGAAUUUUAUCAGACUUUUAACGGAGCCCCGUACAACAGUUUGGAACCGGACUCACUAUGUCACGCGGUGUGGGUUUCCGGAGUGCAAUGGGGUGAAGACGGAAUUGCGCCUCCCGGCCACACUGAACUACCCACGUGUCCCGUUUGUUUAGAGAGGAUGGACGAAAGUGUUGAUGGCGUAUUGACUAUUUUGUGCAACCAUGCUUUUCACGCGGGCUGCCUGAUUAAGUGGGGUGAUUCGACAUGUCCGGUAUGUCGUUGCAUUCAAACACCGGAGCUGUCCGAAACUUCUGUGUGCAUGGAAUGUGAGGGAACAGAAGCCCUUUGGAUUUGUUUGAUCUGUGGUCAUAUCGGUUGCGGCCGGUAUCAGGGUGGUCAUGCAGCUUCACACUAUCGAUCCACGAACCAUACUUAUGCUCUACAGUUGGGAACUAAUCGCGUUUGGGAUUACGCAGGGGAUAAUUUUGUGCAUCGGCUACUUCAGAGUAAAUCGGAUGGUAAGCUGGUAGCCACACAGUCGCCGGGUAAUGAUGGGGAGGAAAAAAUCGAUUCUAUGCAAUUGGAAUUUUCAUAUCUACUCACAUCACAAUUGGACGCUCAACGAGACUACUACGAAGAGAAACUGAUACGUUUGGAGUCCAGCAUCACAGGUGAGAAACAGAGGCUCUUGCAAGAAACCGAACAGAUCAAAAAAAAGAAUGGUAUUCUGGAAGGUAAAAUACAGACUCUUAGCAAGGAGAAAAGCAUCCUGGAAAAGAAGGUCAAUCAAAUGUCCACUAAAAUGACAACCGUUUUGAAGGAACUUUCGGAGGAGAAGCAAUUCGGAAAGACACUCCAAUCGAAUCAAGCUUCGUGGCAAAGUAAAUUUUCCGCUUUGGAGAAAAAAUGUUCUGAAAAGGAACAGGAAGUUACGGAGCUCAAGGAACAAGUUCGUGAUUUGAUGUUCUACUUGGAAGCACAGAAUAAGAUUGCCAGUUCUGAACUGAAAGAUGAGAUGGCCGGUGCAUCGGUUGAAGUCCCAACAGCCGCUAAAGGUGCCAAGAGGCGCCCUAAGAAGAAAUAGACAAGUAAUCUUUAAAUUUGAAUUUACGUGUUAGAAUUUAAGCGCCGACAAUUACUGGCAGUUUGAUUGUGAUACUUCCUAUCGAUACUUGCAGAAUACAAUUUGCCCUUCA